AUGUCCUCUAGCGGAAUGAAUUUUUCCAACCGCAAGGCCGACUCACGCUUUUCGGUAGCUCUUUAUCAAAACCUCCGUGAGAGAGCAGAAGCCCUUUUGCGAGAGCUUGACGCCUUUCAAGGGCAUGUCAAGUCCCACGGUAGGGAGAAGGAGGUUGAGAUCAGGGUAUUUAGACGUGGAAUCGAAUCCGAGGUUAAAGGACUUCAGAACAUGGCAACAAUUUUCAUGUCUGAGGAACGACCUAGCUCCACCACAAACGAUGCGUUAGACAAUGAGUCACCUCAUUUGCAUAUCCUGAAGAGCUCCAACCUUCCUUUCUACGAGGCAGUAUGGGUGAUAGCGAAAACUUGUUGUGGAGUGACAGCCUUGAGUAAAAGGUUUUACUCAAACCAACGUCAGAUAUUUAACGAAACCAAGGGCUCUGCCGCCCCAAACGUUAUUCACAAACCGGAGACCUUGAAAAGGCAGAGCCAAAAGGGCGUACUGGUUGACAUCGUUGCCGAAAAUGGAUCACAAUGGAUUAAAGUUUCCACUAUAUCAGAGAAGAGGCUUCUCUUCGAGAUCGCGAAAGAAGGAUGGGAGUCAUAUGCGGGCGACAUAUCGGACGACGAAUCCGACCGGAGCCAAAUAUGCGACGCUGAUCAACGGCAUCAUCAACUCGAAUUGGUUCGUCUGGCCCAUGAACUGCAUGCUGCGUCAAAAGCUACCAGGAUACAAUUUCGGCACCCCCACGUGGUGUUUGUAUUGCCAAAUAUUCAAGAAGGCCAGCUGCGUGAUAUUGACGCGUUUGUGGCAGAUCUACGUGCUACUGGCGCAACAGUGCAAUGUUUGUCAGGUCAGGUUCCCAUUGUUCUCGACAAGGACAACACGACUCCUGUUCAACCUGCUAUCCUCAACAAGCUUCUGCCCGGUCAUGAUCGAGUGCAUCGAACCAACAUUAUCAACCUGGAUUGCACCAUUCUUUUAGCCAUAAUAUCUGAUAUCUCGCAUCUACGAAAGGAUCAGAUUUCUCCAGACUCACACGCCUUGAAUGGUACAUAUCACUCAGCUAUAGUGCGGCAGAUCGAGUUCGAGGAGUCGAAUUCUAUAAUUCAGGGCGACAUCUAUCCCGUCCUAACGGAUCGAAUGCUCCACUGUACUUCACAUGCAGCUGAGCGGAUGCGAGAGAUUGUGCAAUGUAUGGGCACUCCUUCGGAGUGUGAGCGGGCGGAUAUCAUCCUUGGAGAAGGUAGGUAUGCAGACAGGGAUGCCGAAAGUUUGAGACAAUCACUCCAAGAGCAGUCCGUUCAUGCUGUGCCUGGCGACAUUCGACUUCCAGUCAAAGUUGUGGCAUUUGAUGCACAGGAUCUCAUGACAUCUUCGACACCCGAGAGUGCAGGACGCCGAUUCUUCCCUCACGGGGUUGCAGUAGAAGUGGCGAAGCUGAUGCGACUUACUCCCAUCAAUCUAUCGGUUUUCCUCUACGGCUGGAAGGAGCAGAGUUUGACGUUUACAAGCAAUCGUGUAGUGGCAACAGGGCUUUUGAAAGCAAUCGAUGAGGUCCUUGACCAUACUGAACACGAAGAGAAUGGCUUGGAGGAGGGACUUGAAGAGUUUUACGGUCCACAGAUACACAUCUGCGACACGGCAAGGAGCUUGAUCGGCAAAGCGAAAAGUAAAGCCCCAUCAUAG